GGAUACAUUCAUCCAGGAAAAAUCCAAUUUCCUUAUUAUUUUAAUCCCGUAACUUCAGCCAAAAGCAACACUCUAGCAACACUUUUGCCAACGUUGCUUGAUGCAUCCAGUGUGCGAAGGCUUGAGCUGUCAAAUCCGAGAAAAAGAAGAAAAAGAAGUAGCGAACGUUUACGUUUUGGAGUGCGUCGCCGAGUAAUUUUUCCACCCUUUUGUUUCCCGUGGCCUAAGAAUCCCCGGUGCCGAAAUAAACGAUGUCGCGGCAAAACACACGCCUGGAUACGAAGAAAGUGUGGUAAAUUCUAAUGCCCCGGGAGUGUGCGUUGCUUGUAUGUGUGCUUGUGUCUGUGUGUAGUUCGUGUGUAUCCUGCGAAAGGCUCCAGCAGCAUCCUAGCAGCAUAGGCGGCUGAGUCCCCGAGGAGUGCGCGCUCGAUUGGCCUCAGUGUUGGAUCUGGAAUGAUCUGGAGGGCGGAAACCGAGGGAGGAACGGUCGAUGUGAAACAAGGCAAAGAGUAGAGGCUAGCAGCGGGCUUUCCGACCUUCAGUAAAAGAACUCAAUUUCGAACAAUGAUAAGCAUGAAUAAUAGCGCAACGAUUGCGAACGGUUACAGUGGUGUGACGCUGUCCGAUCUGAAUGGUGCGACGACGGCGACAGCGGCGGCGGCUCCCGGGACCACCACCGGGGGCAUCCAGCUGGUGCAGCUCGGUCAGAUGAUGCCGGAUGGGGCGACGCAGCAAAUAUUCGUACCGAAUUUGCAGCAGCUGAACACUGGCGGACAACAAUCGAUACAGGUCAUUCCGAUCGGAUCCUUUCCCCAGCAAACGAUGACCGUGGCACCGGCGGGUACUGCGGCCGGAACCACACUCCAAGCGGCGGCGGCCGCUGCGCCGCAACAGCAACAAUACAUCCAGUAUUCGCUCGAUGGUGGGCAAACGUACGUGUACCAGGCGAUUGCUGCCCCGGAACAAACCUACCAGAAUGUGAGUCUUCCGAUCGUUCAGCUGCCGGCCGGACAAACGCUCGGUGCUCCGGGGACAGCGCUUACCUUUGCGCCCGCCGUCAACCACGCGAUGGCAUCGAUGCAGCAGCAAGCCACCGCCAACACCACCACCAUCGAUGCGAGCGCACUACAAAACAUUAUAGCGGCUCCGGUCACGAUAGCGUCACCAUAUCAAACGGCCGCAUCCGUCCCGGACGCUCAUAAAGCUGACGUGGUCGCGCACGCUGUAAGUCCCAGCCUGGCAACGCAGCAACACCACCAGCAGCAGCAGCAGCAACAGCAUCAACAACAGCAGGCCAUAUUCCAGACGGCAACCGUCUCCCUAGCUAGCCCCGAGCAAGCAGCAGCAGUUAGCACCGUUACCAUACCGACGCCACAGGUUGCUGUGCCUGGUGGAAGCGCAACGGCAGUGACGGCGACUGUGAUCCAACCGACGGAACUGGACACGGACCAGGAACCACUGUACGUGAACGCCAAGCAGUACAACCGAAUACUCAAGCGACGGCAGGCCCGGGCCAAGCUAGAGGCCAUGGGCAAAAUACCGAAGGUGCGGCCAAAGUAUCUGCACGAGUCGCGCCACCGGCAUGCCAUGAAUCGGGUGCGAGGCGAAGGAGGCCGUUUCCAUACCUUCGAUCAAGAGUCGAAAUGAUCGCCCGAUCGCCGAAGAUGCAGACAAAAGACGAACAGUCCAAAGAUCCCUUUUCCCUCUCAUCACAUCCACCACCAGCUGGUGCCACCCGGAUUGUACGAACCUUGAAGCAGUGAGAACAGAGCUUUGCGACGACUUGGUACACGACCGGGCGUGGUGGCCAUCGUACGCAACCCAGAACGAACACACACUGUACAUAGUAGCAUACGCGAGAGCCGGAUUUAUCUUUUAAAGCUCCCACUGUAAGACACCGGUAUGAAGGAAAAUCCCAAUAAAAUCCCAAU